AUGGAGUCUGUUUCUGUGCACACAAAAGGAGAGCGAUUAUGUGAGGAGAAUUUUGCGAAAAUCAUUCAGGGGAAUGCAAAUGGUAGAUUCUUGGUGAAACUACCAGUGAAAGAUAAUCAUGGAGGACUGGGAGAGUCUGUAAAUAAUGCUACACGCUGCUCACAACGCUUAGAGAGAAGGCUACAGCGACAACCAGCAUUAAGGGCACAGUAUGUCAGUUUCAUGAGAGCAUAUAAAGGUUUGAGUCAUAUGGAACUGGUGACCACAAAUAUGGAGAACUGCACGUAUUACAUGUCACAUCACGCAGUGCUUAAAGAACCAAGCAGUACUGCUGAACUUCGACUAUUUUUUAAUGCCCCAGCAAAGACAUCAUCAAACAGUUCCCUCAAUGACAUUUUGAUGUUUGGACCAACCGUACAAGAUGACUUAUAUUCAAUUGUCCUGUGGUUCCAAACACACAAAUAUGCUUGCAUUGCUGACCUUACAAAAAUGUGUAGACAGAUUGAAGUUGGAAAGGUAGAUAAAGACCUACAAAGAAUUCUAUGGCGUGAGUCUCCCAACGAACCAAUCAAGGCCUAUCGUUUAACAACAGUCACUACCAGAAGAUGA